AUGGUCAUUGGAAGUAGAUCGCUUGUGAGUUGCAUUGCACUGACGGUUGUUGUACUAGUCGGCACGCUUGACACGACAGUCGAUGGUGCCAAAAUUCUAGCAGUGUUUCCUAGUAUCAGCAAGACGAACUACAUCUUCGGACAGGUGCUGUUUGAGGCUCUCGCCGCCAAAGGUCACGAUGUAACGAUCGUCAGCCCGUUUGAGGUGCAGUAUGCGUACGAGAACAUUCGGCAGGUGAGGAUAACUGGGCUGUUUAGUCAUAUAGAGGAUUAUGGACUCCACGCAAACGUGUUUACCAAGCGCGACAAGUCGAGCUUCUACGGUAAUACCAAUCUGAUCUAUGGGACCGCCGCGAUGGCCGACUACACACUGGGACAUCCGAAGCUACAAGAGUUGCUGAAGAACCCAGCCGAAACCUUCGACCUGCUAAUCCUGGAUCAGGUGCUGUGCGAAAGUUUACUCGGGUUGGCUUAUCAUUACGGUGUGCCGGCGAUUGUGUACAGCGCGGCUGCUCCCAACAAGUACACGAACGAGAUGGUGGGCAAUCCACACAACCCGGCCUACAAUCCGAUCCCCUCGCUUGGGUACUCCGAUCGAAUGCAUCUGGUGCAGCGUGUUUGGAACACGUUCGUAUCCAUCUGCGAGCAGUUUAACUACCGAUACCUCUAUCUGCCCUCACAAGAAGCCGUCUAUCAGAGGUACUUUACGCGGCGGGGCAGCUUACCGCCACUUCUUGAUCUCAUUCACAACGUAAGCCUGGUGAUGGUCAACAGCCAUCCGGUGAUUAACUUUGCGCGUCCUUUUGUACCGAACAUGAUCGAGAUCGGGGGAGCACACAUCAGACAGCUGGAGGAUACGGGCUUCUCGCAGGAUGUGCUCAAUUGGGUCGAGAAGGCAAAGAACGGUGUGAUCUACUUUAGCAUGGGGACCAACAUUCGGUCGGCCGAUUUCCCGGACAGCUUGCGGGAAGCGUUUGUGGAUGCGUUCGGCAAGCUUAGCCAGGUGCUGAUCAUCUGGAAGUGGGAGAACGCAACUUUACCGGAUCAGUCGGCGAACGUGAUUAUAGGACCGUGGUUGCCACAGCAACAGCUGCUGGCACAUCCAAAUGUACGGCUGCACAUUACGCACGGCGGUUUGCUCAGCAUGAUGGAGACGGUGCACUACGGUAAGCCGAUUCUGGGCCUACCGCUUGCUGGAGAUCAGGAGAUCCUCGUGAACCGUGCGGUAGAGGCGGGUUAUGGUUUGAAGCUUGAUUAUCAAAAUGUAACCGAGGAAGGAAUACUGAAGGCGAUCAAUCAACUUCUAAACGAACCAGAAUUCCGACAAGCUGCCAUGAAAGCAUCCCGACAGUUCCGUGAGCAACCGCUGAAACCUUUGGACAAAGUCCUUUAUUAUGUUGAUUACGUGCUUAAGCAGGACAGUGGCAUUAAUUACUUGCGCAGUGGAGCACUCUAUCUAUCGUUCUGGCCCCGGCACGUCGUGGACGUUGCCACCAUACUGGUGCUAAUCACCAUGAUUCCGGUGGGAUUGUUUGCCACACUGAUUCAGAUCAUUCUGCGGAAAACUCACCAGCGAAAAAUGAAAAAUGUGCCGAGUGUGGGCAAACCGGCCGCGAAUGGGAAAUCGUUGGAAAAAGAUGUUAAAAAGAAGCGCAAUUGA